AUGAGCCCAGCUUUCGCAACGACUUUGGCAUAUGAUCCUAGCGGUAAUCCAUAUCAAAUGGCAUAUCCGACGGGUGCAACAAUUUACCCGGCUGCGACCACACCCUUUCCAGUUGCUGCUGCAGCUGAUCCUCGUACGUUUGAGAUGAUACCGCAUCGGAUUUUUGUUGGUGGAUUUCCAGCCACUACUACGGAACUUGAUUUGCGUUUGUUUUUCGAAAAAUUUGGUCACGUUCGUGAAGCAAAAGUAAUUCGUAGCAGUGAGGGAACAUCCAAGGGAUAUGGUUUCAUAACGUUUGAUACAGAGGAUGAAGCAAAAACUGUCAUGCAAAUUAGCGCGAACCAAGAAGCGGAAAAACUUGAAUUCAAAGGGCGUCGAUUAAAUCUUGGACCGGCUAUUCGCCGUAUGAUUCAUGGUCCGCGUUUUACACCAGAGUAUGCUAUCGCAACACCAACGGGACAACUGCUGACAACAUCAGCAUUUGGAGGGGUUACCUAUGCAAUCUCACAGUCACCAUUUGUUGUGAUGCCGCCACCAAAUCAAGUGCAACCAUUUGUCUACUCGCCAGUUUCUACUGUUGCACCAGCACAAUACACACUCUCGAAUACUGAUGCAGGAAAUAAUAGGGCGCAGCAAUUCGUUGCAAACAACGGUACAGCACCGGUGGUGCUUGUACCAAAUAGUGGUAAUACGGUGAGUCCUCAUGAUUCUCCACGUACGAACGCUAUAGGUGGACAACCGCAAGCAGUUAAUGGUUCGGUACAUAUUCCAGCUGCUGGACAACCACAACAGCAACAGCAGCAGGCAUAUGUAAGCAUGCAGCAAAUAGCACAAGUAACUACUCAACCACUUACACCGAUGACACCGUCGGUUGCUACACAGCGUGCAGCGCUCUUCCCACCAGCAGCUGCCUAUUAUGCUCCAACUGCGCCUGCUAACGAUAUGACUCAUUACUCUCAAAUGACAGCUCCAACAUAUUUCCUUGCUCCUGGUGGAUAUCAAACUAUUGAUGGGAACGGACAAACUGCUGCGAUGGCAAUUCCUGCACCAAAUCCGAUUCAGUUGGUGCCGCAGCCGAUAACACCACAAACUCCACAACCAUGUUUCUAUGAGGAAAGCAUGAUUGGUGGUUGGCAAAAUCCAGUCGAAAUUCGUUCUACAAGCACCCCUCGACGUAGCCCGAUGAAGUCGGUCGUGUCACUUUCAAGUCAACUUGGUCAAGUUAAUCUGCAACAGUACGAACGCAAAGAAUGUCAACAAGGUGGAAAUGUCGCAGCUCCUACUAACAAGCAGUUUCCAUGA